UAAUAAAAUUAUUACGUUCUUGGUGGCAUUUUUUUGUUUUCAUUGUUAAUGAUAACACUCUAUUCACAUUUCAUAGUUUGAAAUUCAAACAUCAAAGGUAAAACUGAAGAUAAAGGUAAAACUGAAGAUGGGAGAAUCUGCAGAAAGGUAUGCAGUUGUGACAGGAGCAAACAAAGGAAUUGGAUUUGAGAUAGUAAGACAGUUAGCUUCAUCUGGAAUCAAAGUUGUGCUUACAGCAAGAGAUGAGAAAAGGGGUCUUCAAGCAUUGGAAACACUUAAAGCUUCUGGUUUAUCUGAUUUUGUUUUGUUUCAUCAACUAGAUGUUGCUAAUGCUGCAAGUGUAGCUACUCUUGCUGAUUUUGUCAAAUCCAAAUUUGGGAAACUUGAUAUUCUGGUUAACAAUGCAGGGAUAACUGGAACUAUAAUUAAUGACAAAGAACUAUUUACUUUGGCUAUCUACAACCGUGGGGCAUUAUCAGAAGAUGAUAGGAGAAAGGGAUUGACUCAAACAUAUAAGUUGGCUGAAGAAUGCUUGCAAAUAAAUUAUUAUGGUGCUAAAUUAACUACUCAAUCACUUCUUCCCCUCCUUAAGUUAUCUGACUCACCAAGAAUUGUGAAUGUAUCAUCCACUUUGGGGCAGUUUGAGAGUAUACCAAAUGGAUGGGCAAAAAGUGUCUUAAGUGAUUUUGAUAACCUCACAGAAGAGAAAGUGGAUCAAGUAUUGAAGAAAUUUCUAAAAGAUUUCAAUGAAAGUUCUAUAGAAGGCAAUGGUUGGCCUAUGACUUUGGGUGCCUAUAUCAUGUCUAAAGCUGCUAUGAAUGCAUAUACAAGAAUAUUUGCUAAGAAUUUUCCUACUUUAUGCAUCAAUUGUGUUUGUCCCGGCUACAUCGCCACAGAUAUAACUGCUAAUACCGGUAUCUUAACGGUUGAAGAAGGUGCUGCUAGUGUUGUGAAGUUAGCACUACUCUCCAAUGUUAAUUUGUCUGGCCUAUUCUUUUAUCGAAGCGAAGCGUCUUCCUUUUGAUUAGUAAUGAAUUUUUAUGGAUUAAGAAUAAACCGUGAUGCUUUUGCACGUCAAUUAUGACUAUAUAUUUACUGAGGAAGAUUUAACAGACGCUAAAAUUGUUAUUAUUGUUGUUGUGACGUUAACUAUUCUUCAUGUUAAUAGAUAGGUAUUGCAACUGCUUUGCAGCUGAAGACGUAAUUACAAUUGGUCAAACUGUGUUAUUUGUUUGCAUUUUUUAUGUAUGUUUUCUUUUGAACCUGAGCAGACACAUGAAUUUGUACAUAGGAAACAGAUGAUACAUUAGAGAGGUGCUUCUUGAAACAUAUUCAAAGCUAGUUGAUCUAUUUUAGACUGUA